GCAGCAUUCUCAAUGAUGAAGAAAGUAGCCAUAGAAUUUUCCAAUUCUCAAUGGCUACCUUCACCCUCACAACACUAUCACCUUCUUUCUCUUCUCAUUUCUUCGCACCGGUUCGGUUCAACCGUUCUCCGAACCUCUUCUACAAGAAUCUGCACUUUCCGAAGCUGCAAUCUCUCAAAUGCUCCUCUUCAUCUUCGGAACCAGAAACCUCUACAAUUGAUUGGACAUACAAGCUAAUCUCAGGAAUCGCCGGAAUCGGAUUCAUCGAAACAUCGUACCUUGCUUACCUUAAGUUCACUGGCUCCGAUGUAUUCUGCCCCGUCGGCGGCGAUACUUGCUCCAGUAUACUCAAUAGUGAUUACGCCGUCGUUUUUGGUGUACCUCUUCCUUUGAUUGGGAUGGCUGCGUAUAGUUUUGUAGCUGCUCUUAGUCUUCAGUUAACUACAAAGAAGAAUUUACCUUUUGGGGUUAACAGAUCGAAUGCUCAACUAGUAUUGCUUGGAAGCACAACCUCAAUGGCAACUGCUAGUGCUUAUUUUUUGUACAUUCUAACAACAGCGUUUCCUGAAUCAUCUUGCUCCUAUUGCCUACUUUCGGUUCUCUUGUCGUUUUCGUUAUUCUUUCUCACACUCAAGGACAUUGGAUUGCAAGAGAAGUACAAACAACUGGGUUUGCAGUUGGUUAUUGCUAGCUUGGUGAUUCUUACAUUGAACACCUCCUAUAGCAGUGCUAAAUCUACCUCAAGCAUGGCUAAAAUUGAGCUGCCAUAUUUUGCAACCGAGAUUACAACUCCAUCAAGCCCCUUUGCUUUGUCUCUAGCAAGGUAUUUGCAUUCAAUAGGAGCUAAAAUGUAUGGAGCUUUCUGGUGUUCACACUGUCUGGAACAAAAAGAGAUGUUUGGACGUGAGGCGGCGAAGCAAUUGGAUUACGUGGAAUGUUUUCCUGACGGAUAUCGAACAGGAACUAAAAUGAUCGAUGCAUGUUUAGACGCCAAAAUUGAAGGUUUCCCUACAUGGAUUAUUAAUGGCCAGGUUCUGAGUGGUGAAGUUGAAUUAUCGGAGUUGGCACAAGCGUCUGGUUAUAGUGAAUCUGAUCAACCUAGUUAAUGCUUUUGACAGAAAGUAACAAAGAUAGUUGUGUAGAAGCAUAUAUAUACAUUGUACAGCUUGUAGAGUUGUUUGUCCUUUUUAGACAUACAUAUGCACAUAAAUACUGGUAUAAAAUUCUUUUUUCGUUAUAUGCUUAAAUGUAUAACAUGCCUAUGAUACAGAUUUUUGGACGUAUGAAUAAUAAUUGAAUUAGAGUAUCAUAUAAUU